GCGAAGAAGAGGCGGGAGAGGCUACCAGAGGAGGUGGCCACUAGCGCGGGGCGAGCGGCGGCUCGCCGGGGCGGCAAGGGGACACCAUGUCCAAGCCGGUGGAUCACGUCAAGAGGCCAAUGAACGCGUUCAUGGUGUGGUCGCGGGCGCAGCGGCGAAAGAUGGCCCAAGAGAACCCCAAGAUGCACAACUCGGAGAUCAGCAAGCGCCUGGGCGCCGAGUGGAAGCUGCUGACCGAGUCGGAGAAGCGGCCCUUCAUCGAUGAGGCCAAGCGGCUGCGGGCCAUGCACAUGAAAGAGCACCCCGACUACAAGUAUCGUCCCCGGCGGAAGCCCAAGACGCUGCUCAAGAAGGACAAGUUCGCCUUCCCUGUGCCCUAUGGGCUGGGCGGCGUGGCGGACCAUGAGCACCCUCACGGGCUGAAGGCAGGCGGGCUGCACGGCGGGGCGGCCGGUGGGCUGAUGCCCGAGUCGCUGCUGGCCAACCCUGAAAAGGCGGCGGCUGCUGCUGCUGCCGCCGCCGCCCGCGUCUUCUUCCCCCAGUCGGCUGCCGCCGCUGCUGCCGCCGCCGCCGCUGCCGCCGCCAGCAGCCCCUACUCCCUGCUGGACUUGGGCUCCAAAAUGGCCGAGAUCUCCUCCUCCUCCUCUUCCUCAGGCUCGGGGCUACCCUACGCCUCCUCGCUGGGCUACCCCGGCGCCGGCGGGGCGGGCGCCUUCCACGGGGCCGCGGCUGCCGCGGCCGCCGCCGCGGCCGCCGCCGGGGGGCACACGCACUCGCACCCGUCGCCCAGUAACCCGGGCUACAUGAUCCCCUGCAACUGCAGCGCUUGGCCCGGCCCGGGGCUGCAGCCACCGCUGGCCUACAUCCUUCUGCCGGGCAUGGGCAAGCCCCAGCUGGACCCUUACCCCGCAGCCUACGCCGCGGCCCUAUGACCCGCGGCCGGAGGAUGCCCGCGUAAAGCCCCGGCCACCGACUAGAUGGGUACCGGUGCAUACGUGCGGCCGGGAAGGGGAGCAAGCCGCCGCCGGAGCCGCGAAGUGGGGACUAGGGUCGAGGCUGGGGC